AAAAAACACGCUAAUGACGAUUGUCGUCAAAAAAGUCGAUAUCCAAAUCAUUAUCUUUCUUUAGUGUCUUCAUUUAUAUUAGCAACUGCUACUAGCUACGUCCGCGUGGUUUGAAAUUGAUCAAUAACGACAAUGUUUGGGGAUGACUUGUUUUCAUGCUUUUUGCCGGGAAAUUUCUUUUCGAAUUCGAUGAUGAAUGAUAAUCAUUUCAGUCGGGCGCUCAUGGCGCAUGAGAGGGCAUUCAGACAUGUACAUCAAGAAUUCCAAAGAGUCGCGCAAGAAAUAUUUGAUUCUUCAGCGCUACCUAGACAGUUUUUCAAUUCGCAAUUCAGAGAUAUUUCCAUAAUUCCACCUGAUCGAGGUACUCAAAGAGUAACGCUAAGCGAUCCAAAUGAUGUAGUUGGUAAUUCACGCGUACACAGGCAUAGAAAUAAUGAUCCUGUGACAUUUGAAAGAACCAGACUGCAAUGGUACGACUCGAAUACUCGUAGGUCAUUCUUGCCUGAGCCACCUGCCCGUCCUAAAGUAUUAGGCUUUAUGAAUGCUGAUGAACUGAAAAAACUUCCUACGAGCAUUUAUAGAAUUAAGAAGACCUCAUCAACAAGCGAAGACACAUUUACAUCACCUAAUGCGACUACAAACUCAUCAAAUGCUCCUAAUAUUGUACCUGUUCUUAAUGAAAAUCAAAGUAAUAUGACACCAUCUGGUGGUACACAUUAUCUUGAACCAGAAUCAAAAACAACUACUCUUGUCCAAAUUCAACCAAUACAAUCAUCUCCAGCACGUGGUCAUCCUGAAUGUGAAAUAUGUUUAAUUGAAUAUCAAGAUAAAGAUCGCCUCCGCCACCUUCCUUGUGGACAUGCAUUCCACAUGAAAUGUAUUGAUGCCUGGUUAAAACAGUCAACAACUUGUCCGAAAUGUCGUGCUGGUGUUCGUGCUGGACUUGCUCGGUUAGAACGCAACCGUCAGCGACAGAGAGCUCAAUCAAAUUGUGGGACAACUUCGAAACCGACGCCCAUACGAGCUGUUCGUCCACGUCCAGGUGCAUCAACUUCAAGUGUUCAAGAACAGCAUCGUCCAUCGAAUUCCAGACAAGGUUCUCAAACAACCAAUAGAAAUCAGAUAACCAAUCAGAGUUCUGUUGUUGGGACUGCUUCCGAUACACAGAAUAAUCGUACUACUCGCAGUCGACCUAAACCUUCAGCUGCUUCAACUUAUGCUACGUCUACCAUUUCUACUAAUCGCACUACAAAUGUUCCAGUUAAUCAACGAAAUCAACGUUCCGUUUUGCAAACUAGUUCCAAUCAGCAAGGUUGUUCAUCAGAACUUAAUAAUGAAAACUACGAUGAAGAUGAUCUUAAGCAUCUAACUAAUAUUAAACCAGUACUCGUGAAAAUACAGUGUCUCAAAAUAAAGUUAACGAGUCAAUUAUCGCUCGACGGAAGCUGUUGAAGCAGCUUUGAAAAGGGCAGCCUUAUCAGAAACUAUUCAAUAACAGAUUGAAGGAAAUCCAUUUCCAACCUCAGCAUAAGACAUAUAAUUAUCAGUUUAUUCUAUACGUCUAAUAUCAUUUGUUUCUUCACUUACUCAUCUAUUCAUUGAACAAUUGCCCUCGAACUCAAUCGAAAUAUGAUUAUUGCAGAUAUUCAAUGACUCAUGUGAUUAUAUUUUACUAUCAUUUUCAUUAUUAUUGUCAUUGUUAUCAUUAAUAUUAUUGUUCUAGGAAACUUAUUUCUUUUUUUCGUUUGUGUAGUUUACUCUUAUUUUCUAUCAUUACAUUAAUUGUCUUAUGUAUGUUAUAGUUACAGAGCAGUAUGAAAGUAUCUAGAUAAUUUGGUCAGUUUAUUUGUUAAAGUUCAAACUACUUUAAAUGUUAGCGAUGUUUUUUCUUCAAAACAGAACACAUAAAAGAUAAAAAGGGAAAGAACUCUAUCUUGGUCACAUAUUCAAUUUUGUUGGCGUAGAUAUUUGCGCAUUUCACAAAUGUUCAUGAUAAUAAUAUUACAGAGUUUUCUUUGUUCAAGAAUUAUAUAAUCUUUUGGCUUAUAGAUAUACAUUUUUAAAACAACGAUGUACUAUCAUUUUAAUCGGCUUUCAAUAUUUGUGUCAUUCUAUGAGUU